AUGACAUGUAACAUUAUCUUUCGGAAAGUACGAUUAAACAUGGCGGCGGAGUGUUAUAAUUUUAGGGAAUUGAUUCCUGUGAAAUGUGAAGAAAAUACGGAUAUUGAAAUAGCAGAUAUAAAAAGAUAUACGGACAAUAGAAGUGAAUAUAGGAAUAUACCACCGUUACCCAAUAAUAAAGAUUAUCACAUGUUUAUAUGUUAUAUUCAAGACGACGCAGAGGAUGUGAGAAUUAUCGUUGACAAUUUAGAACGACACGGUGUAAAAUGUUGUUAUCACGAACGCGAUUUUUUACCAGGACAGCAAGUCUUAGGAAAUAUAAAUGAGUCUAUCAACAGAAGUAUGAGCACACUAAUUGUUCUAUCACCAAACUUCAUUCAGAGUCGUUUCUGUAAACACGAAAUAGAACAAGCAUUGCAUGCCAAGAUUGAAGAGGAUUAUACAAUAAUUCCCAUCAAGAUUCAACAAUGUGAAGUUCCAAAUGUGCUGAAGAAUUAUACACACAUUGACGCCGGAUGUAUAGACCCUGCUGACAUGCACACCAAAAUCCUUGAUGCUUUUAUAUCAAACGAGUGGAACAGUCGUCAACUUGUUGAAAGCAAUGGAUAUACGCUGGAGUUCUUGCUGUCAAAAUAUACUAUUUCAUGGAGAUGGUUGUCAUUGUGCCGGUAUACAAUGAUUUUUAAUGCUGCAAAUCGACGCUCAAUUAGGAGGAAUGGCUUUGAGAUUUCAGACACACUAUUGAAUGAAAUACAACAGAUUGUGAGGGAGUCCGACUUAGUAAAGUAUGCCCAUAUUAACAUCAUUUUUUCACGCAUGACAACAUUUGUAUUCUUCAUGGCGGGUUUUCUCUAUUUUGAUGUGAGUGCCGCCAUUAUGGAACAGUCAUUUAAGCCAACAGUGGACAAACAUUUAGCAACAGUACAACACGGAAUUCUGUAUGGCUUAUUAUCUAUGUUUAUUCUGUGGCUUUGUGUAAUUAUCGUGCACACAUGUGGAUCGCUUGGAAACUUUAAAAGAUGGAAAGGAAUGACAAAGGGUUUGAAACAGCGGACUAAAUUACACCUGAUGCGGAAAUUAUGGACAAAAAUAAACAGGAAGACUGUUGACACUGGCAAAUUUGUUGUAAUAUUCAAAGCAGGGAAGCUGCACAUAAUGAGGUUCGACAAAAAACCAUGCCGUAAUUAUUUUGUACGUAGAUGUACUGAAAAGGAAAGCUUUGAAGAACACAUGUUGCCGACAGAAUCAAACUGCAGGUAUUCCAAUAAUACAUCCUCAUUUUAA